CCUCGAAUAAAAAGUCUAAGAGCCACCCAAUACUACAUACCACAUCCUUCUUCCGCGUGAAGAGAAGGAAAUUUUCUUCCAAGCAUCUUCUGUCCUCCGCGGGGCCGAGAACGCUCCACCGCUCAGCUCAGCUCAGUUCAGCUCAGUUUCACCCAUUAUGCCAUCCCGCAUUCCUAAAUCAAUCACCACAUCCACGCCCAGCACUCUUCACCAAGCAACCCUUGAACUACCACCUCAAACAAACCUACCCGGGUUAUUAGAACCCCCCUCCUCCCCCUCCCCCUUCCUCCUCCUCUCUCUCUCUCCCAUCCCCAAAAAGAGCAAAAAGAUGUGCACAACCGUAACCCUCAAACACACAACCUGCACCCACAUCCUCACCGUCCGCCGCACUUGCGCCCGCCACCCCUUGUGCGAACUCACUACACAGGUGCACCGGGAGCGCGGGGGGGAGUGCUGGGAGUGUGAUCCGGGGCAGGCGCCGCCUGAGGCGCUGUUUGCGGCACGGAAGAAGGAGUGUAAUGGGGGGAGGGGAAAGACCGUGUGAAGGUUGGAUUGAUGGUUGAGG